CCAGAGGGGCUGGAUGACGGGAGCGGCAGGGUCUGCAGGCUGAAGAAGGCCAUCUAUGGCCUUAAGCAGGCGCCUCGUGCAUGGUAUCACAAGUUGGAGGAGGCGCUGUUGGCUGGGGGUUUCAAGAAGAGUGAGUGUGACCCCAGCCUGUUCCUGCUGCAGGAGAAGGACGAAAUCCUCAUGCUCU